ACUUCAAAUAAAGUCUUUCUUUCUUUCCACUGCCAUAUCGCGUGGGAUUAUUUCAACAACUUCAAAAAUUAGGUUCAUGAUCAUCUGUGAAGUAUUCACGUCAAGAUGCCUGUCGUCACCCCGGAAAAGCUUGCUGCUCUUCAGCAGCAUGCGGACGAUAUAAGAAAUAUUUGUAUCUUGGCUCAUGUAGAUCAUGGAAAGACGUCGUUAACAGACGCUCUUCUUGCCACAAAUGGAAUUAUUUCACCCAAGCUUGCCGGCAAGAUCCGGUAUCUGGAUUCUCGCCCCGACGAACAAAUUAGGGGUAUCACAAUGGAAUCAUCUGCUAUAUCCCUGUUCUUCUCUAUGCUUCGAAGACCGGCCCCAGAUGCCGCACCGAUACCCAAAGAAUAUUUGAUCAACUUGAUAGAUUCGCCUGGUCAUAUUGACUUUAGCAGCGAAGUAUCAACUGCCUCGAGAUUAUGUGAUGGUGCGGUUGUGCUAGUCGACGCGGUCGAAGGUGUUUGCAGUCAAACCGUUACCGUUCUCCGCCAGACGUGGACAGAGAAGUUAAAACCGCUUCUGGUGAUCAACAAGUUAGACCGGUUAAUCACGGAGUUAAAGAUGACGCCGGGUGAAGCUUAUAUCCACUUAAGUAAGCUUCUGGAGCAAGUGAAUGCUGUUUUAGGAAGUUUCUUCCAGGGCGAGCGCAUGGAGGAAGACCUAAAUUGGCGAGAACGAAUGGACGAACGAGUUGCUGCUGCCGCCGCAAAGGAAUCAAAACUCGGAGAUAUCGAGAGUGAGGCUGGAGACUUUCAAUUUGAAGAACGAGAUGACGAGGAGUUGUAUUUCGCCCCAGAAAAGAACAAUGUCAUCUUUAGCAGCGCCAUUGAUGGAUGGGCAUUCACAGUCCGGCAAUUCGCAAGCUUAUACGAAAAGAAGCUUGGUUUGAAACGAAGUAUGAUGGAAAAAGUACUGUGGGGCGAUUUCUACUUAGACCCAAAGACUAAGAAAGUCCUCGGGCGGAAGCAUCUAAAGGGUCGUAAUUUAAAGCCAAUGUUCGUCCAGCUUGUUCUUGAACAAGUUUGGGCUGUAUACCAGGCGACUACGGGCGGAGACCAUGGAAAGGGAGACCCAGCCUUACUUGAGAAGAUUACAAAGUCGUUAAACAUUUCGAUACCGCCACAUAUAAUUAGGUCACGAGAUCCCCGAUUACUACUCACAACGGUCAUUUCAUCAUGGCUACCACUCUCCACUGCCCUGCUGGUUUCUGUCGUCGAAUCUUUGCCAUCACCGAAGGUGGCGCAAGCAGAACGACUACCUGAAAUGUUAGAGGAUUCUCAUGGAUCGACUCAUAUUGACCCCUUGGUUAAGGAUGCCAUGGUGAACUUCAAGACAUCUUCAUCAGAUCCUGUUGUGGCAUACGUUAGCAAGGUAGUAUCCAUCCCCGAAAGCGAACUCCCGGAGAACAAGAGGAGGACUGGCCAGCUAAGUGCAGAAGAAGCGAGAGAGCUAGCUCGAAAGAAACGAGCGGAAUUCGCUCGCGCUCAGGCGGCAGAAAAUAAUGUGACAGAUGAUCUCACUUCGGCGCUCGACAGUGUAAAUUUGGACGACUUUGUGCCUGAUGUCGAGGAGAAGACUAUCGAUCCAGAGCACCUGAUAGGAUUUGCACGAAUGUAUUCCGGUACACUGUCUGUGGGUGACUCACUAUACGUCUUACCACCCAAGUUCACUCCCGCGAAUCCGCACGCAGCCCCUGAACCCCAACGGGUGACUGUGACGGCAUUAUACAUGUUCAUGGGCCGUAACUUGGAGUCGCUGAAUUCCGUUCCAGCUGGAGUCGUUUUCGGCAUUGGCGGACUGGACGGCUGUAUCCUAAAGUCCGGAACUCUUUGCAGUCAGCUUGAAGGUUCUGUUAACUUGGCGGGUGUUCACAUGGCAGGAAAGCCUAUUGUCCGCGUCGCUCUUGAGCCGGUAAAUCCGGCUGACCUGGACAAAAUGAUCGAAGGUCUCAAGUUGCUUGUACGAAGCGACCCAUGCGCUGAGUACGAGCAGUUUGGAAGCGGUGAACAUGUUCUACUCACGGCUGGCGAAUUACAUUUAGAACGAUGUUUAACAGAUCUCAAGGAAAGGUUCGCAAGAUGCGAUAUUCAGGCAGGAGCGCCUAUCGUUCCGUAUAGAGAGACGAUAGUACGCGCAGAUGAGAUGAGGCCUCCGGUGAACAAAGAGCUAGGAAGAGGUGUUGUCGUUGGAAUGACGAACUCGAAACAAGUCAGCGUCACAGUUCGAGUACGACCACUCCCCCAAAAUGUUACUGAGUUUCUACUCAAAAAUCCGGGAGCUAUUAAACGUCUAUACUCUGAGCGAAAAUCGCCCGACGAGAUUGAGGCAGAGUCAGAGGUCGGUGUUGAUGAAGCACAGAGUGUUGAGGAUGAAGAUUUGGUGGAAGGCAAGGGUCUAUCUCUUGAAGACCUGAAGAAACAACUCCAGAUUAACCUCGAAACUGGAAAAGGACGUGAGAGUUGGAAAGGUGUUGUUGAUAAAAUAACAGCCUUUGGACCACGGCGAAUAGGCCCGAACUUACUCAUAGAUGCCACUAGGGAUGGGUGUUUCCCAAAAGUGUUCGCUCCGGAAAACCAAGAAGAUGGAAACCGCCUGAAGGUUGGAGAAGCGCUUCAUGCUGAGCAUCUAUGUGACAAGGUCACGUACGCUUUCCAACUCGCUAUGAACCAGGGACCUCUAUGUAACGAGCCGGUACAAGGCGUUGCUGUCAUUAUCGAAGACCUCACUGUAGCGCCUGCAGAAGAAGAAACAUCGGCUAGAGACCGGCUCGGCAGACUUACGGGUGAAGUUAUCAAGACGGUACAACAGUCUAUCCGGCAAGGCUUCCUAGACUGGUCUCCGCGUCUAAUGCUCGCUAUGUACUCAUGCGAGAUCCAAGCGAGUACUGAGGUUCUAGGCCGCGUUUACGAGGUCCUAACCCGGCGACGCGGGCGCGUGCUCUCAGAGCAGAUGAAAGAAGGAACCCCCUUCUUCACGAUCCAGUCUACGAUCCCGGCGGCCGAAUCCUUCGGGUUCGCGGAUGAGAUGCGGAAACGCACGUCGGGUGCUGCACAGCCGCAGCUCAUCUUCGCUGGUUUCGAUGUCGUAAUCGAUGAAGACCCGUUCUGGCAGCCGUUUACGGAGGACGACCUCGAGGAUCUGGGAGAGCUGGCCGACAGGGAGAAUGUGGCGAAACGAUAUAUGGAUGGUGUGAGGAGAAGAAAGGGGCUGUUGGUCGAGGGUAGGGGACAAAGGGUCGCAGCGGAGAAGCAGAAGACACUAAAGAGAUAGGCCGAGAGAUUGUUGGCUAGUUAUGAGAUGGCAAAGCUAGGAAACCAGCAAGGAAGUUUUGAAGGAGGGAGCUGGUGCGGUCGUUGAUGUAUAAGACCGAACUACAACCAGCUUGACGAUUGAGGGGGAUUGGGAGAUAGAACAGAGCUCCUAAUAUAACAACUAAGAAAUAAAUACGAGGA